UGAAGUCCCAUCCAAAUUUGCAUCAUCGUCUUGUUCUUCUCUUGUCUGCAACUUCAAGCUCGGUAGCAAAGAGUUCAUUGUCCAAAAGACGACGUUUUCUUCCAAACAAACAACUAGCGGCGCCUCUUUGAUCAAAUUCACCCCGUCUCAUUGGGGGGCAAGGUCACAUUAACUUACCCCGUAUUCUUGACAUCGCAUCGCAUCGUCGGUUUUCCUCUCGGUCGCCGCCACAGAAACCGGCUACUUCCUCGGCUGUCAGUGUAAAAGACCCCAGGCACCUUCCUCAACCCGACCCUCCGAUCUCCACCUCCGAACCCCAAGGUCCAAGACCCAAACCAACCGCCCCUCCCCGCGCUUGUUUUGUUGCUGCAGUCGCAGUUGCAGUUCGGAUACAGCAUCCCCAAAGGAAGGACCUUCCCUAGCUCAAGUCAAGUCCAGCCCAGUCAAUCUCCCGGCGACGAUUCCCGAGUCCGUUUCCCGUUCUCGUGCCGUGACCCUUUUUAAACUCUUUUAUAAACCUCCACCCUCUUCUUUUUCUUCUCUUUUUCUGCCCAUCAUGCCCGUCGCUGCUCUCGCCUCUUCCGUCCCGCGAUCUCUAUUCUCCUCUUCGCUGCGCCGUGUCGCUUAUACUUCCACCACUAUCCGCCCUGUUCGCGCUUCAUUCGGUGCUAUCCAAACCAUCUCCCCAUUUGCAGUCCGCACAAUGGCUUCCUCCACUCAGAAGAUCAAGGUCAAGAACCCCGUCGUCGAACUCGACGGUGAUGAGAUGACCCGCAUCAUCUGGCAGGUCAUCAAGGACAAGUUCAUCCACCCCUACCUCGACAUCGACCUCAAGUACUAUGAUCUCGGUCUUGAGUACCGUGAUGAGACCAACGACCAGGUCACCAUUGAUGCCGCCGAGGCCAUCAAGAAGUACUCUGUCGGUGUCAAGUGUGCUACCAUCACUCCCGAUGAGGCUCGUGUUGAGGAGUUCAAGCUGAAGAAGAUGUGGCUUUCUCCCAACGGCACCAUCCGAAACGCUCUUGGCGGUACCGUCUUCCGUGAGCCCAUUGUUAUCCCCCGUAUCCCCCGUCUGGUUCCUGGCUGGAAGAAGCCCAUCAUCAUUGGCCGUCACGCCUUUGGUGACCAGUACCGCGCCAAGGAUGCUGUCCUGCCCGGUCCCGGUAAGCUCUCCAUGGUCUACACCCCCGAGGGUGGCCAGCCCGAGGAGAUUGAGGUCUUCCAGUUCAAGGAGGGUGGUGGUGUUGCCCAGACUCAGUACAACACCGACGAGUCCAUCACUGGAUUCGCUCACGCUUCUUUCAAGCUCGCCAUUGACAAGGAGCUCCCUCUCUACAUGAGCACCAAGAACACCAUCCUCAAGAAGUACGAUGGUCGCUUCAAGGACAUCUUCCAGGAGAUCUACGAAACCACCUACAAGAAGGAGUUCGAGGCCAAGAAGAUCUGGUACGAGCACCGUCUCAUUGACGACAUGGUCGCCCAGAUGAUCAAGAGCUCCGGUGGUUACAUCAUGGCUCUCAAGAACUACGAUGGUGAUGUCCAGUCUGACAUUGUCGCCCAGGGCUUCGGCUCUCUCGGUCUCAUGACCUCUGUCCUCAUCACACCCGAUGGCAAGACCUUCGAGUCUGAGGCUGCCCACGGCACCGUCACUCGCCACUACCGUGAGCACCAGAAGGGUAACGAGACCUCCACCAACCCCAUUGCUUCCAUCUUCGCCUGGACCCGUGGUCUCAUCCAGCGUGGUAAGCUCGACGACACCCCCGAUGUCGUUGCCUUCGCCGAGGGCCUUGAGCAGGCUUGCAUUGACACCGUCGACAUUGACGGUAUCAUGACCAAGGAUCUUGCCCUUGCCACUGGCAAGUCUGAGCGCAAGGACUAUGCCACCACCAACGAGUACCUUGAUGCUGUUGAGCGCCGCCUCAAGAAGACUCUCAAGGAGAAGCUGUAAAUGUCUUUGCAAUGAUUCUCAGACUCCCCCUAAUCACUCAAAACCUUCCGCUCCCGCCUUCUGGUCUCUUGUAACGACAAGAGCACACUCUCUUUCAUGAACUCAUCAAGCAUCGGCGUCGGAUUUGUUGUCAUCAUCUGAAUAGCAUCUCACUCCAGUCUUGAAAACCACAAGAACCUCACCUCUUGUGGCCUCUUGACCACUCGUCUUCUCAACAGAAAAGAAGAUGGCGUUGUCAAGUGCAUUCAUGCACAGGAACUCGCUGCAAGGUCACAUGCAGCGGGCUAACGAUUUAUGAAGAACGUUCCUCCAUCGUCAUCGUGGUUGGAUAGGAUGUUGGGCUUCUGAAUAUGUAAAGGCAAAGAUAUGAGAGAGGAGGUUAGCAUGAUACAUCCUGCAUAGCUGAGGAGUAGAUGCUAUGUAGAUAGAAAGCUUCUUGCUCUUAGCACAUUAGACAUAACGGGAUACCCAGCCCUGCUUUAUAGUUUUCCACACCUCA